CUAAGCCUGAUCAGCUCACAGGUGAUGAGCAAGAGGAAAGUAAGGAGGGGGGAGGAUCUGAAGAAAGAGAGGAGGGAGCUGAACUGAACCUCCACUGCGUCUCAACCAAGGAGCUCACACCAGUAAAGAAACCCUCUCUUUUUUUCAUUUGUGCUCUUUCUGCUUCCUCAUCUCCGCUUAUCCUCCUCUCGGUCGCUGCCCUAAAUCCUGUCUCACCCCGGGGUUCGGCGGUGUCUCGUUGAACGAGCAGAUAUAGGACAGUGCGACCCUUGCGAUGAGAUGUGCAGUAAUCAAAGAGAGGGAGAUAAAAGGAUAUUGUUUCCAUGAAGGGCAGAGUGGAUGGAUGACACAAAGAGGAUUGAGCGGGCACUCGGAGGCUGUGUAUGAGCGUCAAAGUGUGUGUGUACAGCUGUGCGCGCAUGUGUAAGUGCCAGCUCGGCACCCUCUCAGUGAGAUAAAUCAGAGUAUGGAUUUGGGAAUUGGCAGCAACACUUAAAAGGCAUUCUCCAGUCAUUGCAGAAGAAGACUAUUGAAAGUUUGAGAAAAUGGAGGAUUGACUAAGGGGGGAAAUCAGAGGAUGAAUAGUGCUCUACCGUGAUGGAUCUCUGGACAAGUAAGAAGUUGUGUUGUGACGGAGGUCAUCGUGGGUAAAAAGUCAUGCAACGCUUAGCCCUGUACUGCUGCCAUCUUCUUCUGGGUGGGGCUCUGGCCCUUCUGCUGGCCCGCUCCGCCCUGGGUUGCCCUGCCCGCUGUGACUGCUCCCCACAGACUAAGUCUGUCAGCUGCCACCGCAAGCGCCUGCCCACCAUCCCUGAAGGCAUCCCUAUUGAAACCCGUGUCCUGGACUUAAGCAAGAAUAAGCUGCGGAUCAUAACCCCAGACAACUUCUCGUCUUUCCUUCACCUGGAGGAACUGAACCUUAGUGACAAUCUCAUCAGUGUGGUGGAGCCCGGUUCUUUCCGCUGGCAGACGUGUCUGCGCUCACUUACCCUCCGCAGCAACCUCCUGACACUCGUCCCCCCUGGAGUGCUCUCAGGCCUGGGGAAUCUCACCACUCUUGACCUCAGCCACAACCGCCUGGUGGUCCUGCUGGACCACGGCUUCCAGGACCUGCGUCAGCUAACCUCCCUAGAAGUGGGCGACAACGAGCUUGUCUUUAUCUCCCAGCGUGCCUUCAAUGGUCUGCUGGGACUGCGAAGCCUGACGCUGGAGCGUUCCAACUUAACCGUGGUGCCCACUGACGCUCUCACGCACCUUCACAACCUGGUGGAGCUCCGCAUGUGCCAUCUCAGCAUUGGUGUCUUCAAACCGUACUCCUUCAAGAGGCUUGUGCGGCUACGCCACCUGGAGAUCAGCCACUGGCAAUGGUUGGAUGCCAUUCCGCCUCUCACGCUGCAUGGCCUCAACCUCACCACUUUGUUCAUCACCAACACCAACCUGUCUGCCUUCCCUGGUCCCGCGCUGCGCAACCUACCCUACCUCACACACCUCAACCUAUCAUACUGUCGCAUCCAAUACAUUCAGUAUGGGGAACUUGGCCAGCUUCCACGAUUGCAGGAAUUGUAUCUGCGGGGAGCCCAGCUGGCCUACAUCGAUCCCAUGGCCUUUCUGGGUCUCAGUGCUCUGCGGGUACUAGACAUGUCGCAAAACCAGCUGGAUUCUUUUGAGAAGAGUGUAUUGGGUUCGCCCGAAAAUCUGCGGAUGCUAAAUCUGGGGAGCAACCCGCUAGUGUGCGACUGCCGUCUCCUGUGGUUACUGAACGAACAAAAGCCACCCUUGCUGCAGCUUGGGGGUGUCCAGCCCGAAUGCAGUGCUCCUGAGCACCUACGUGGGAAACCCCUGAGGGAUCUUAAGGAGCCUCUAAUUUCACAAUAUGUUACCUGCACAAAGCCCAGGAUUGGGCCCAACACCACUCAGCUUCUGCUUGCUGACGAGGGGCAGCCCGUCCAUCUAACCUGCUUCUCUGAGGGGGCACCACAGCCCUCUGUGGCCUGGGUGACCCCCCACAGACGUUUUGUAACUGCCAGGAACACCGGCAGAGUGAUGGUUCUGGCGGACGGAACCCUGGAAAUCAAAAUGGCGGAGCUGCACGACAGUGGCGUUUAUCUAUGCAUUGCCAGCAAUGCGGCGGGCAAUGCCACUCUGUCAGCCUCACUGGCAGUGAAAAGCCUGGGUAUUAGUGACAGGUCGCUCUACACGAAUCGGAGCUCCAACUAUCUCACAGACUCCAACAGUACUUGGAGUAACGGAACUGUCUUGUAUAAUAUGACGGUCCCCAUAGACCUGAAGACCAUCAUUAUAUCUACAGCGAUGGGCUGCCUUUCUUUCUUGGGUGUGGUCAUCUUCUGCUUCCUGCUCCUGUUUGCCUGGAGCCGUGGUAAAGGUCGGCACAAGAGCAACUUUGACAUUGAGUACGUUCCCCGCAAAUCAAACGGAGCAGCUGCUGAGGCGACCGAAACGAGUGGACCAAGGAGGGUAAACAUGAAAAUGAUUUGACUUCACAUCAUGGGGUCAAUUCAUAUGGCAGUGAUAGAACAUACCAGUGCACAUAUCAAUAGAAUUAAUUUCCCAGUAUGACACAGUGGAUUUGUGAAACUGAAAGUGAUGUACCGAUAUAGUGGAUAAUGGUGGUGGUGUUUUGACACAGUGGACAUGUGAAUAUAACGUGAUCUAUGAUACUGUGGAUGUGUUUAUAUAAAUGAUGUUAUCAUACAAACUGGAUAUAGUACUAUAACCAACUGACAUAUCAAUAUGAGAAUGCUAUGCGGGGCAUGUGUUACAGUUGAUGAUGUUAAGUGACUAUGCUGCUGACUUACCUUUGCAUCAAGGUGAGGCAGGAGGUCUCGGGAAAUGACAGGUAGAAGCUAAGGUGACAGUGGAGCAAUCGUCACUACGCCAUGCCAGAACUCAGUUGUGUCGAAUACCCAUCUGAGCAGCAGAAUGGAAUGUGUGUGUGUGUUGCCUUUGUUGUAGGAAAGGGCAAUCAUAAACGAUAAUAGGGACUAGUCAUUUUACAGGUCUUUGUAUUUGUGGAAGUCAUUGUAACAACAGUAUUGUCUGUUGAGUAAAAUGGAGUAUUAUAUAUGUUUGUAAGCAAAUGCAAAUCUCUUAUAACAGUGUUGAAGAGACCUUCUGUAUAACUUUUCUUUCCCUCAACUAGGUUAUCACUACCCUUUGAAUGAUCCUAAGAUUAGGUAAGUAUAGGGACUCUUAGCCAACUCAAGGAACGUUUACAUAGCGAAGGUAAAAACACCAGAAAGCAAGGUUUCCCAGAAACACAAGGCUAUCCUCUUGCUGAAUAAACAGUUGCAUCCAAAAUGUUGGCAUUAAUUUGGAAAAGCUUGAGAAGAUAAAGGAUUUAUGUUAAACCCAUUUUUGAUGACAUUAUCAAUCAUGGGAAGAUUUUCCUGCCAGAAAAUCCCUUGAUGUAACAUAAAAGUAUUUUGUCAGUGGCUAGACACAAUGGUAAAGAUUUACUAGCCAAUGUCCUCCUUGGAACAAGAGAAAUAUAAGCUUAUGUGUUGAGUUAUGUGUAGGCUUUCUCCCCUCUGUCAUCUUUCUUUGAACUUAGCAUCUCAAGCUGGUAUGUCCAGAUGCUCACCCAAGACACCAAGGGAUUCGGGGUAUUUAAAGGGAUGCUUUGGAACAUUGUGUUGAAUACUUUUCAUUGUUAAAGAAAAAAAAAUAAGGGAUCAAAUUAAAGCAAUUAUUUGUAGUGCAGGGAAGUGGAUGUCAACGUGUGAUAAAGUUGUGAUACAAAAUUACAGGUUGUAUACAUGUUUUCUAUGGGUCUAUCUAUGGGUAUAUUUUCAAAAAGACCACAAAUUGUAAGUAUACAGUAUAAUGUGCUCAUCAACACUGUCAAUAUUGUUAACAUAUUGCAAGUUAAAAAAAAUGGUCUGUGUGUUGUUACUUGGUUAUACAUUCUGUGAUCAUAAUUUCUUACCUCACCAAUAUACAAAAUGAAACCAACAAUUCCGAUUGUUACAGCAAAACUGGGAUUAUAAUAAUUAUCAUCAUAUAAUGAUGAUUAUCUGUUAA